UCUGCCAUGGAAUUUUAGGCGGGGAGAGAUCUGAAGUUUUGUACUUGUUGGUUUUUAAGUUAUCAUGAUAUUUGGGUCUCUUUCUGUUUAGUUGUAGAAGAUUCGUGUUGGGGCAUUGAUAUGACAAUUUAUGGCUUUGCCACUUUGUUUUUCAUCCCCCACCCCCAUAUGUUGCAUAUCUUUCAUUGGUGAUUGAUAGGACGUCUGAAUUUGUGUUGAACUGAUUCAAGAAAUCUGCAGAUAUUAUCUUUUGCUUUCUAGUUGAUUACCUUGUUUAUAGUUGUAAUCAAGUUCUCUUGUUCUGACAAAGGCUUCUUGCCUUACUCUAGUUGUGGAACUUGAAAUCGAUUGAUUCUAACAGGGGGCUUAAUUCUGCUUUUGUUUCCUCAUAAAUGGUCUGUUCUUUGGGUUUAACCCCCACCCUUCCCCUCUCUCUUCCCCUUAUAAAGGAGGGGAAAACAUGAACUACGAAUACCAACUCAAAUAGCUAUGAUGGAUGUACGGAUCUCAGAGCAUGACCAUGUAAUUCAGGUAUGCGGUGAUGUCCCAGCACAGGAGAGGGGUGCUGUUGGGAGUAAAUUGUGUGGGGAAGCACCAUGUGGGUUUGCAGAUGCUAAAUCCACUUUGAAGGACACACAAGAGCGCUCGGCAGCCAUGAAAAAACUCUGUAUUGCUGUGGUACUCUGUGUCGUGUUUAUGACUGUUGAAGUUAUUGGAGGUAUUAAAGCAAACAGUCUUGCGAUAUUGACGGACGCGGCUCAUUUGCUGUCAGAUGUUGCAGCUUUUGCAAUAUCAUUGUUUUCAUUGUGGGCGGCAGGAUGGGAAGCUACCCCGCGCCAGUCGUAUGGGUUUUUCAGGAUUGAGAUUCUUGGGGCGUUGGUUUCUAUUCAAAUGAUAUGGCUUCUUGCUGGGAUCCUUGUUUAUGAGGCUGUUGAUAGACUGAUAAAUGAUACAGGUGAAGUCCAGGGAUCCCUCAUGUUUGCAGUUUCUGCUUUUGGAUUAGUGGUCAAUAUAAUUAUGGCUGUCUUGCUUGGUCAUGACCAUGGACAUAGCCAUGGCCAUGGCCAUGACCAUGGGCACGGGGGGCAUGAUCAUGGGCAUGGAGGGCAUGAUCAUGGGCAUAGCCAUGAUGGUCACGAUGUGCACAAACAUGGAGUUACAAUCGUUCAACACCAUGACCAUCAUCACGAGGGGCAUUCUGGCCACAAUGAGCACGAAUCAGAUCAUACGGAGCCCCUACUUAAGGCUUGCUCUGAGGGUGAAAGCGGGUCAAAAGGUAGAAAGAAGGAAAGGAACAUAAAUGUGCAGGGGGCCUAUCUUCACGUACUCGGGGAUUCUAUUCAGAGCGUGGGCGUGAUGAUUGGCGGGGCAAUCAUAUGGUACAAACCAGAGUGGAAGAUCAUUGAUCUCUUCUGCACUCUAAUCUUCUCUGUGCUCGUGCUGGGGACGACCAUAAGGAUGAUACGCAAUAUCCUCGAGGUAUUGAUGGAGAGCACCCCCAGAGAGAUUGAUGCAACCAGGCUUGAGAAGGGGCUUUGUGAGAUGGAGGAGGUUGUUGCAGUUCAUGAGUUGCAUAUAUGGGCAAUAACAGUGGGGAAAGUGCUGUUAGCCUGCCAUGUAAAGAUCAAGAAGGAAGCAGAUGCUGACAUUGUACUGGACAAGGUAAUUGACUAUAUCAAAAGAGAGUUCAAUAUUACCCAUGUUACCAUUCAGAUAGAAAGAGAGUAGUGUAGAAUCUGUUGGAACUUGGAAGGCUAGAAAUGUGUUUGUAAUCCACAUGAUAUUGUUUUCAGAAUAUUUUUGACUCAGUUGGUUCCUCAAUCAAUUUUACAAAUUUAUGUCAUUUUUUACA